AUGAGUGUCCCAACUGCCUCAACCCAAAUGGACCUCAAGCAGGUCCAAGCCGUAAUGGCCGAGUACCAAGGCGACCGCUAUGUCGACGGCUGGGCCGCGCUGUGGAGCAAAGGCGACGGCCUGCCGUGGGACAAAGGUUUCCCCAACCCAGCUCUGGAGGACAUCCUCACCCACCGCCAGGGCACCAUUGGCGGCCCCGUCACCAAGGAUGCCCAAGGCCAGACCUGUCGCCGCAAGGCCCUAGUCCCGGGAUGCGGGCGAGGCGUCGAUGUGCUUCUGCUCGCUAGCUUUGGGUACGAUGCCUACGGCCUAGAGUAUAGCUCUGGCGCGGUGGAGGCAUGCAAGAAGGAAGAGGCUGACAAUGGGAGCUGGUACCGGGUUCGGGAUGAGAAAGUUGGCCGCGGCAAAGUUACUUUUGUUCAGGGCGACUUCUUUGAUGAGGGUUGGUUGAAGGAGAUUGGCAUCCCGUUGAACGGGUUUGAUCUGGUCUAUGACUACACAUUCUUUUGCGCCCUGGAUCCAUCAAUGCGACCCAAAUGGGCCCACCGACACACCCAGCUGCUGGCGCCUUCGCCCACCGGCAACCUGAUCUGCCUCGAGUUUCCUCGCCACAAGGAUCCGAAGGAGCCAGGCCCGCCAUUUGCCUCGCCCUCAGAGGCAUACGUGGCUCAUCUGAGCCACCCGGGUGAAGACAUCCCCUACGAUGCCAAGGGCGUGGUCAAACAUGACCCGCUGCGCGAGCCGAGCGAGGGUGGCCUUGAGCGCGUAGCCUACUGGCAGCCGGAGCGCACGCAUGUGGUGGGCCAGGGAGAGAAUGGCGUGAUCUAUGACCGAGUAUCUAUUUGGCGUCGUCGUUAA